GGUGCCACCCAGCCCCGGGGUCGCGCUUUCCGGGUCACCGCUCGCCGCUCCCGGACGCGCCCAGCCCGCCGCUUUUUCCCGGUCUCGGUCCAGAUCCCACCAUGCCUUCUGAGACACCCCAAGCAGAAGAGAGGUCUGCAGGGUGCCCCCACCUCUCAGGGGCACACCUGGGGAAAGGAAGCCUGGAAAAGGAGCCUCCGGGAGACAAGGAGGUCCUGUGGAUCCGUCCCGAUGCCCCGAGCAGGUGCUCCUGGCAGCUGGGCAGGCCUGCCACCAACUCUCCACAUCGCCACACUGCUCUAGAGAAGUCUCCCAAAAUCCUGCCAGACAUCCUGAAGAAGAUUGGGGAUACCCCGAUGGUGAGGAUUAACAAGAUUGGGAGGAACUUCGGCCUGAAGUGUGAGCUCCUGGCCAAGUGUGAGUUCUUCAAUGCGGGCGGGAGCGUGAAGGACCGCAUCAGCCUGCGAAUGAUUGAGGAUGCUGAGCGCGAGGGGACCCUGAAGCCUGGGGACACCAUCAUCGAGCCGACGUCGGGGAACACAGGGAUCGGGCUGGCCCUGGCUGCCGCGGUGAAGGGCUACCAUUGCAUCAUCGUGAUGCCAGAGAAGAUGAGUACUGAGAAGGUGGACGUCCUGCGUGCCCUGGGGGCCGAGAUCGUGAGGACACCCACCAACGCCAGAUUCGACUCCCCUGAGUCACAUGUGGGCGUGGCCUGGAGGCUGAGGAACGAGAUCCCCAAUUCUCACAUCCUGGACCAGUACCGCAAUGCCAGCAACCCUCUCGCUCACUACGACAUCACGGCCGAGGAGAUCCUGCAGCAGUGUGACGGGAGGCUGGACAUGCUGGUGGCGUCGGCGGGCACGGGGGGCACCAUCACGGGCAUCGCCAGGAAGCUGAAGGAGAAGUGCCCUGGAUGCAAGAUCAUCGGGGUGGACCCCGAAGGCUCCAUCCUCGCAGAGCCCGAGGAGCUGAACCAGACGGAGCAGACGGCCUACGAGGUGGAAGGGAUCGGCUACGACUUCAUCCCCACCGUGCUGGACCGGACGGUGGUGGACACGUGGUUCAAGAGCAACGACGAGGAUGCCUUCGCCUUCGCGCGCAUGCUGAUCGCGCAGGAGGGGCUGCUGUGCGGCGGCAGUGCCGGCAGUGCCAUGUCGGUGGCCGUGAAGGCCGCCCAGGAGCUCAGGGAGGAGCAGCGCUGCGUGGUGAUCCUGCCGGACUCUGUGCGGAACUACAUGUCCAAGUUCCUGAGCGACAAGUGGAUGCUGCAGAAGGGCUUCAUGAAGGAGGAGGACCUCCUGGUGAAGAAGCCAUGGUGGUGGCACCUCCGAGUUCAGGAGCUGAGCCUGUCGGCCCCGCUGACUGUGCUGCCCACGGUCACCUGUGAGCACACCAUCGACAUCCUCCGGGAGAAGGGCUUCGACCAGGCACCCGUGGUGGACGAGUCGGGGGUGAUCCUGGGGAUGGUGACCCUGGGGAACAUGCUGUCGUCCCUGCUCGCGGGGAAGGUUCAGCCUUCGGACCAAGUUCGAAAAGUCAUCUACAAGCAGUUCAAACAGAUCCACCUGACGGACCCUCUGGGCAAGCUCUCACACAUCCUGGAGAUGGACCACUUCGCCCUGGUGGUCCACGAGCAGAUCCAGUACCACAGCCACGGGGAGUCCAGUAAGAGGCAGAUGGUGUUCGGAGUCGUCACUGCCAUCGACCUGCUGAACUUCGUGGCCGCCCGCGAGCGGAACCAGAAGACAAACUCGGAAAGUGGAGGUGCCGGGGCCGCAGCCCAGCUCUGACCACCCCCCAGGGCUGUGCGGCUGUUCUCGUUCGCUUUCGUAAACACUAAACAAACACACACGAUUUUAGCCACCUGGCACUGGGCGUCACUGUCACAGUGGGUGUCAAGGAUGCUAAGUGCUUAGCCCGGGCCCAGCAGAGAUGUUAUAGGUCCCCGUCAUUAACACCUGGCCACCUAAAUGAAUCUACAUAUGAUUUAUUCGAUUAGAUGUGUUCUUCUUUAACUAACUUUCUCUUAAGAUGUUUCAGCAAGCAAAUCUUUUCAAAGAGAACUCAGCCAGGCGGAUGGACCCCUGCCGUGACUGGGGUAGGGGGACUGAAGACAGAGGCCAGUGCCUUUCCCAGGAGUCCAGAGGGGGGAGCAGGAGAAUGGGGCCCAGGAAGCGUGCGUCGGCACCGUGGCCCUUCUCCCAGCAGCAUGGUCCACUGGGGGAUGGCUUGGUUGGAGUGGCUUGAGUGUUUGGGGUUUUUUAAUUGAGGUGAAAUCCACUUAACCUAAAAUGAUGAUUUUUCAAUGUGUAAUUCAUUAGCGUUUAUUAGAGGUCGUCCAGCCACCACCUCUGUCGAGUUCCAGAACGUUUCAUCCCCCAUUAAGCUGUCACUCCCCUCUCCCCUCCUCUCCGGGCACCCACGACUCUGCCUUCCAUCCCCACGGCUUGACCUGUUUGGGAUAUUUCAUAUAAAAAGAAUCGUACCAUAUGUGACCUCUCGUGUCUGGCUUAUUUCACUUUGUCUGAUGUUUCUGAGAUUCACCCACGCUGCCGCAUGAAUCUGCUCCAUUUUUGUAGCUGAUCAGUAUUCCUUAUACGCACAGACCACGUUUUGUUUAUCCAUCGUCAGUUGAUGGACAUUUGGGUUGUUUCCACUCUUGGGCUGUUGU